CUCGGCCCUUCCUCAGAAAAGGCAGAGAUCUCUACAGCUCCAGGGCCCCCUGAUCCAUGUUUCACCCCCCUCUUAACGUGCAAAACUGCUACUUGUAUAGUAGCUACGUGGGAGAGCCCGCCGUGUAAUGGGGCAGAAGUUAGCGAAUAUAGACUGGAAUGGGGACAAAUGGAGGGAUCUAUGCAUAUAGUUUAUACUGGCCCUCUGCUGUGCUAUGAAGUGAAGGGACUUUCCCCUGCAACUACUUAUUAUUGCAGAGUACAGGCUGUGAAUCUGGCUGGCCCUGGACUAUUUGGGGAAAUCGGCACAGUGACGACCCCAGCUUCAGUGCCAGCUGCGGUGGCAGUAUUGAACCUGCUUGACGAAGAUCAGCUGGAAGGCCCUCUUCCCCUCUCCACGUGCCUUGCUCUUCACUGGGAGGAGCCUUGCUGCCAUGGGGCAGAGAUCAUUGGCUACCACAUAGAGUAUGGGGAGAAACAGGCCUUAACGGUCAACAGAGUCACAAGCCAUGUCCUAGAGAACCUGCAACCUGACACUUUAUACAGAAUCCGAAUUCAGGCCUUCAACAGUCUUGGAACUGGUCCUUUCAGUCCAUCCAUCAAAGCGAAAACCAAGCCUUUACCUCCGGAUCCUCCGCACCUGGAAUGCGUGGUCUUCAGUUACCAGAGCCUUAAGCUGAAGUGGGGGGAAGGUCCUAGCAGGGCUUUAAUUGCCAACCCCACCCAGUUCAAUUUACAAAUGGAAGACAGGCUGGGCAGAACCAACUGUUUGCACUUUGAAACGUCGUUGAAGUUCGUUCGGGGGAUAUAUGCACGCUAUUUGCUAUCAUUAGCUAAAAGGAGGGCAAUCUAUAGCAUGAAUGUUUUAACUUCCAACUUGUUCCAAAUUGCAGCACCCAAAGUCCACCAGCUGGGAGACAAUGUCUGUGAAGUCACCUGGGAGCCUUUACAGCCAAUGAAGGGUGAUGCCAUUGUUUACAUAUUGCAGCUUGCCACUGGGAGGGAAGCGGAUCAGAUCUACAAGGGACCAGAUACUUUCUACCGCGUCUCCAACGUGCAAACAAACUGUGAAUACCGAUUCAGGGUGUGCGCUGGGCGCCAGCAUCAGGACUCCACUGGAUGGCAGGAACUCUUUGGCCCGUACAGCCCAAGCACCGCCUUCUCAUCUCAAAAGCAGGAGCUGCUUUCUCCGUCUUCGGAGCCGGCUCCGGAGCUCCUGAAAAGCAAGCGGAAGCCCCUCAGCGACGAACAGUUUGCGUUCCUGCUCCUUGUCAUCUUCGCCACGGUUGCCAUUUUGUUUGCCGUUAUCAUUCAGUACUUUGUGAUCAAGUAAGUCACGAGAAGCGACUUCAUCACUCAGCUUAUAAUUUUUCAUAUGGAAGUUUUACGCCUUGGGUAUUUAUGUAAAUUCCAAUUAAAAUGCUAGCUGGGAAUGAUGGAAUUAAAAAAAAGACACCCAUUUCCAAUUUUUUUGCUGCUGAGUAACAGGUUGGAUGGACAGGAUGCCUUCCCCCCUCCUCUCCUCCCCGUCACCACCUUCCCCCUUCAGGAGGUGGGGGGGCGAAGCAACCCGGGGGGAGAGGAGGAAGGGCAGAACUGACGCGAAGAACAUCCCUAGGACAGCACGGUGGUGCAUCUUCUGAUCAGGGUUAGCUGUUGAAAACAGCAAAAAAAACAAAAAAAUGCUGCCUUAAUUCUCAAGAGUUUUGACUUAAUUUUCACAGUAAGUCCUGAAUUCUCAAGCCCAGAGAGAAGGGGGGCAGGGGGGUGGCAGGAGACGAGCCCUGGCAUUUGGGGACCAUGAGAUGUAGCAGCAAAGAUGCUUACGACGCUUAAAAAAACCGACAGUCCUGUAUUCUAGGAUGCAGCAGGAAGAAACCAGCUCAGAUAUGCUGUAGAUAAAAAAAAAUCCCUACUCAAAUGACUUUUAGAGAUAGCGCAAUGUUAAUUUUUCCAGUUCUUUUAACGGGGGAAUGUGUGUCUGUGUGUUGGGGGGAUGGGACACACUCUCCCUUCUAGGGUAGCAGCUGUGAGCUUUUUGAGUUUUUAAAUCUACGGAGUCCAAGGUGUCCAAUUCACCCGGACGCAGAGAGAUUUGCGUUGGUCUUGAAAUGUGGCGAGAGGGCCUCCCUUUCCCCCCACCCAACUUCCGGAAAUGUCCCAUUUCUGAUCGAGAUGCUUUCUCUCUCUCGUUGGUUUAAAAAAAUUAAAAGAAACUCCAAACGGUUGGCCCAACUCAACAUCUCCUCUCUGUGCCUGAGAGACUUAAGAAACACCCUGUGCUUCUGACUUUAAAGAGAGAGAAAAAAAAUAAAACCACUGCAGCGUUGGUUUUCUUUGUUUUCCAAGGGGAAAAAAAAGCACAGCAUUUUUUUUGUCUUUAAUGAGAACAAAAAAAAAAGUGCAUUUAUGAUAAAUGUUUCACUAUUUGGCUCAAACUGAGCAAAAAUGUUUUUUGUACUAUUCUUAACAUGGAAUUAAAAAAGUCGACUCUCUGGGGGAUUUUUUUUUUUUUUUAGUUGUGUUUCUCGGGGCCGUCUUCUAACGUCAUCCGCUUGAUUAAGUCAUGUGUGAAAAUUACUUCCCCCUCCUCCUUUCUCUCCCUUCCCCCCCCCCCCAAAAAAAAGGUUAGGUCUUAAGUUUUA